AGGAGGUCUGUUUGUCAGGGCCACCAGAUAUUCUGCUAUUUCAAAAUAAUAAGAAACUUCAACUUCAGUAGUAUAUAAUGAGGCAAUUUAAAGCCUUUAGUAAUAAGCAUGAAGCUGUGGCACAAGUAAAAUUGCUCAAGAUGCUAGAGGGAAAAGCUAUAGUGCAAGAGACAGACAUGCCAGAGGUGAUGCAGAGCCAAGUGAUGGAACUAGCUUACCAAGCUCUUGAUUUGCAUGAGGUUUCUGAUUGCCAAUCCAUUGCUCGAUACAUCAAACAGAAAUUUGAUGAAGCUCAUGGAGCAGCAUGGCAUUGUGUGGUUGGAAAAGAGUUUGGUUCUUGCAUUACCCAUUUAUGUGGAAGUUUCAUUUUCUUCCGGGUGGAGAUGUUAGAAUUUCUCAUCUUCAAAGAUGACACAGACUUUAGCGAAAGCAAGGAAGAAGCGAUUGGGGUGGUGCAGAAACCCAAGAAAUUCGACCAAUAAAUUCGUUUUUCAAGCUUCUUGAAUUUCACUUGUCUUAGUGUAAGAGUUUCAAGAUGUUGAGAGAAUUUUGAGCUAGUCAGGACAGAAAUCAUUUAAAGUACUGAUUACUCUCAAUUCAACUAAUUCUUGGAAA